AUGACUCUUGACGCUUUCAGAGACAAGUUAAUGUCAAAUUCGAAAUAUGAAUUUCGAGUUGAAGUCAACCAAAGAUGUUUAAUUGAUAAAAUGUUGGCUCGGUAUUCAUCUGAAUUCACAGUAUUCCGAGAAUUAUUGCAGAAUUCAGAUGAUGCAACAGCUUCAGAAGUCAAAAUUGUAUUUAUGGGUAAAAUCGGAAAAACAUGUUCAAGAAUAUUUUAUAAAAAUAACGGAUUUCCUUUCCGACAACAAGAUUGGGACCGAUUAAAGAAAAUUGCCGAAGGAAAUCCUGACGAACAAAAGAUUGGUGCUUUUGGCGUUGGGUUUUAUUCGGUGUUCUCAAUCUGUGAAGAGCCAUUCGUAUCUUCUGGCGAGUUUGGCAUGACAUUUUUUUGGAAAGGUGACCAGUUGCUUGUAAGACAUGGCUCCGAUAGCUCUAUUAGCUCUAUUAGUAACGACUCCAAUUGGACAACAUUCUUAUUGGAUAUGACAAAACCCAUAAAGUUUCCUGACUUGGAUAAAUUCGGUCAUUUUUUGACAACUGCAUUGGGAUUCACUCCCCACCUUCGCAAAAUCUCUAUAUACUUUAAUGAAGAUUGCGUGUUUCGUAUUUCGAAGGAAAUUAGUCAACCUAGACUAAUUGAAAUCAGAUCUGACCUAAAUAAAGAAUCACCUGAAAGAAUGUUUAAACUUGAAUCAGUGAAUGUACAUAGCGUUAAAUUUGACACGUUUAAAAUAGAUAUUCCUCCUGGUACAGUGUCGCUUAGCAACUGCCGAAAUAAAAAUUCGUCUGUAUCCAUUAAAAUUGCUAGUGGAAAUCUGAAAGUUCAGAUUCAAGAUGAAUUUUCUGUCGAAAUGGAAAGAUUAACGAAAAAAAAGCCACCACGUGAAACUACCAUCCAAAUAAUUCUUCCCGGGUAUAAUGACUUAGGAAGUCAUGAAUCAGUUUAUGACAUGGAGUUAUUGCCAUAUCCAGAGCAAGGAAAAGUCUUUAUUGGCUUUAAAACACAUCAAACAACUGGUUAUUCCAUACAUUUGGCCGCUCGCGUUAUACCGACAGUCGAGCGUGAAUCGAUUGAUUUGGCCCAAAAAACACUUUCUGAAUACAAUACAGAAAUGUUAUCUUCAGCUGGAAUAUUAUGUCGUUUGCUAUACGAAGAUGAGAUGAAACAAAUAUCUCAACUGUAUCAAAAUGAAUCUAAUGAUAAAGUGGUGCUUGAAAAACGUGCGGCGCAUGCUCUCAACUAUUUUACGUUCAAGCAAAGUACUCCAGAUGUUAAAGUAGGAAACAUAAUAGAGACAAAUUUUUACAAAUGUUGUUCGUCAUCCUUAUCAAUUCUGUCUACUCAUGGUGUCAAAGAAAUUAAAAUGGUACGGUUACUCAGCUCAGAAAUGGCAUCCUUUGUUAAAAAUGUCCCAUCAGUUCCAAAAAUAAUGGAGGAUCAAUGCGCAGAAUUUUUUAAUAGAGCAAAAACUAUCCUGAAAAUUAUUGAGGAAGCAUCACUAAAUGAUGUUUUUGAUGAAUUGACAAAAAGAAACUUGGACCAUGAAGAAAUUAUAUCAUUGAUGGAAUGGUGGAUAGUACGAAAAUUUUCUACAACGGAUCGUGAUAAACUCAUGCAACUGGCCAUUGUUCGUGUUGAGAACAAAAUCGUGCAUUUAAAAAAUAUUCGUUAUUUCCUGAAUCCAGGCAUGAUUAAUGAAGGUUUAGAUGUUCCAUCCGACGUGUUGCCAUAUGUUAUUAGCAAAUGUUUUAAUAGUAGGCUCAACAAAUUUAAACAAUCAUUCAGAAACUGGACCAAACUUUCGUUGCUUACAUGGACAAAAUACAUUAUUGAAAACCAUACAUUAAAAGAUGAACCAGACUUUGCCAUGGAAUUUAUGAGUGUCCUUUCACGAGCUUUCAAAAAUACUAAAAAGGAUAGGUUUGAAGUAUGUAACUUAUUAUCUCAAGUUGAAUGUAUUCCGACUCAAUUUGGUGUGAAAAGACCAGAUAAAACGUAUCUGCCAGAAGUGAAAUUGUUUAUGGAAUUACCCACUGUUCAAAUAAAAGGUAAUGAUGAAUUUUUCAUAGAGAUGAAAGUACAUAAGUAUGUGGAAUUGGAUUAUGUUUUCGCUCGACUGGUUAACAAAGAAAACCUGGAUCACAUAAAACUUUUGAAAUAUUUCGCCAAUGAGGACCUUAAAAAUGCUGAUAUUGAAAGAUUAAAAACUGCCGAAAUUUGGAUUAAGGAGUGUGUUGGAGACAAUAAAUCUAAUACCAAUGUUCAAAGAUAUAAAGCAAGAGAUUUAUAUGUACCACACAAAUCAAAUAAAGAACUUGAGUUACCGGUAAUCCAGUGGGAAAAGCGUUGGGAUAAAAAUUCUGAUAUAGCUAAAUUUAUCAUUAGGCUUGGACUGCAAGAAUAUCCGUCACUUCAAACUAUUCUUAACCUUGCAGCAACAAACCGAUCUUUAAAUCUUCGUGAGAAAGCGCUUAGUUAUUUUAUAAAUAAUUUCAGGGAAAAAUACUCUAAAACAUAUAUUCCGAGUUCAAUCCAAGAAAAAUUUUUGCCAUGCAUUGGCGUUGGAAUUUAUGCGAAACCAUCUGAAUGUUAUUCAAAUCCUGAUUGUGCAAAGAUGGGAUUUAAUGUUUUGCGUCAAGAUCUUGAAAUACAUGCUAAAGCAUUGGGUGUUAUACAAAACCCUUAUAGAAGUUUAUUACUGAAUAUAUUACAGCGAAAUCCUCCAAAUAAUGAUGAUGCAAAAAGAAUUUUUGGGUACUUAUCUUCAUGUACCGGUGAUUUUACUCCUUCUGAUUUGAGAAAACUUCAAACAAUCAAUUUUAUACCUGUCCAAGAUAAGGCUACACCAUAUAGAUACAUUCAUUACAAACCGAAAAAUUACAUGUUUCCGUGCGUUGACUUUGGUGAAGAUGCGAAUAAAUUUUUAGUAAAUUGUGGAGUCAAGAAAGAACCAUCAGCGUUGGAUUUAGCAGAAUAUCUUGUUGAGUAUUCGGAGAAAUUUUGGUCAAUGCUAAAUGAUAAGGAACAAUAUUAUACUAUUCUAGGAACUAUUGCAUACAAUAUUGGAUCUAUUAAUAAUGCAAUAAUUAAUAAAAUGAAACAAAAGAAAAUUUUAGUAGGGAUGAAAAAGAAUCUUAAAACAAUGGAGGAUAUAUAUAACUUAUACUAUGCUAGAGAAAUCUUUAUAAAUGAUAGCGAAAAAUAUCGAAAUAUGUUUAAUCCAAUUACCUGUCCAUUUGACAAUUCAAUUGAAGCAUUUUAUAAAAAAUUAGGAUGUAAAACCCUUAAAGGUGACGUUACGGUGACAUCUCAGCAUAGCGGUAGAGAAAGGACCACGGAUUAUUCAGAUUACGUAAAACACAAAAUUAAAGAACGCAUACCUUGGUACUACUCUGGUAUGACUUCCGGUGAUCAGAAAUGGGUACAAAGAUUAGAAGUCAAAGAAGUUGAUCAAAUAAAUAUGCAUUAUAAGCUUAUUUCUAAGAAUGAGAUAAAAUCGGUUAAAGCCUCUGCCUGUAUGUCGGAUAUAAAAGACCCAUUGAUUCUUUAUAUUAUUAACACCAAUAAUAACGAUGAUGCAAAUUUUUUGGAUAUCGCAUCGGCUUUAGCUAGGCAUAUUCACCAACGGGAAAAUAGACAAGAGAGUGUGGAUAUAUUAUUUUAUUUAACCUCUUCACUAGAGAAGUUGCAAGCGCUCGAUUACCCUAUUAAAAAUAUAAAAAUUACACCUAAUAACAUAUUACCUAUUGCACCUGGUAUUAUACCUAACAACAUACUACUUGUUGCACCUGGUAUUUUACCUAAUAACAUACCUAAUAACAUACUACCUAAUAACAUACCUCCCGUAAGAUUGCCGACAACAAAACUAGUAACAGGACCACCUAUAAGUCUUUCUGAUGAUGAAUUAGAGAAUAA